AUGCAAGUCGUCCGAACAACAAAUCUGGAGAUCCUUGCGACUGCGCUUGGGCGGACUGGCGCGGGAGACGUAGUGCUUGGCAGUUCACUUUGCGGGCGCUGCCUCACGGAGCAAACGACAGAUGACUGCCAGCAUGACAGGGCAGCUGUCAGACAACAAUGGAGGAUAGAGACGUCUCACCUGCACAUUCCUCUCGUCCUGCACCCGACCGAGCGCACUUCUGCUAGAAUCUGUCACGACUCUGCGGCCCUCUGCACCACCCCCGUCGACCAAUCCCCGACCCGCGGUAACGAGCUCGCGCCGCAAAAUGCCAGAGAAGGCAACCACCAUCGCAACCUAUGCGGCAGGCGCAUCCCUCGCUGCCAUCACCCUAGUCUAUGUCUUUGGCCCCACCUUCUUCCUGGACGAUGAGGCGACGAGCUCCAGCACCAAAAAGAAGGGCGUAGUCGGACUGAGCAAUGCGGCCAACGACUGCUUUAUCAACUCGGUCCUGCAGGCGCUGGCCGGCUUACCAGACUUGCGCAUAUACUUGAUCAGGGAGACACAUCGGAGGAAGCUUGAUGGGCCAGAAGUCUAUCUUGUCGAUCCGGAGAAGUCAAGUGCGGAGAGUGCGACCAACAGGCCGGGGAAGCUGGAGGGUCUACAGAAGGGUCUGCUUACAUAUGGCUUGAAGGACAUCCUUGAUAAGCUGAACGAGCGACCCAUAUACAAGAAGACAAUAUCGCCGCAGUCCUUCAUACGCGCACUCGAGCAUGCUUUCGGUACACGCAUCAGUCGACAGCAGCAGGACGCACAGGAGUUUCUCCAGAUCGUCACUGAGCGUCUGUGCGACGAAUAUCAUGCUGGUGCGAAGGCCAGGCGGCAUGCUAGUCGCCAUGGCAUCACACUAGAGAACGGAGACGCUGCGUCUGGACGGAGAGAAAUCGAAGAGCAGUUUGGCGUCGAGCCACCGCAGGACGAGCUCAAAGAGCAGGGCGAAGAUGAGGAUGCUCCUCUGCCGGAUGAAGAGGGCUUCCCUUUCGAAGGCAAGAUCGAGUCUCAGAUCGAGUGCUUGACAUGCCACUUCAAGCCGAAGCCCUCCUCUUCGGCGUUCGUGACUUUGACGCUCAGCGUACCACAAGUCUCGUCUACCACGCUCAACGCCUGUUUUGAUGGCAUGCUCAAAGUCGAACACAUCGAUGACUUCAAGUGCGAAUGGUGUCGACUUGAUCACGCAGUGAAGACCAAAGAGCAAGAGCUCGAGAGAGCUACUGAGCCAGAGGUCAAAGAACGCUUGGAGUCCGACAUCUCCAAGAUUAAGCAAGCCCUCGAGGACGAUCCAGAGAAUCCUCCGGUGGAUGUCGAGUUUCCAGACCCGAAACUGUCACCAAAACGUCGCAUAGCGCGCCACAUGUACAUUUCUGCUUUCCCCAAGGUACUCGCUGUACACCUUUCGCGAUCGAUGUUCGCCGUUGGAACUGUCUCAACGAAGAACCUGGCCAAGGUCUCGUUUCCAGAAUCACUUCCUCUUGGCGGCUUGCUGCAUCGAAACAACUACAGGCUGCUUGGGAUGGUGACACACAAGGGCAGCCACAACAGUGGACACUACGAGUCCUUCCGUCGACAGGUACAGCCCGUGCCGUUCUCCACCCCUCAUUCAUUCGGACUUGAAGGCGCAUACAGUCGCCAAGCCAGUCCACUACCAUCUGCAGCCGCUUCAGCCAUGCAGAGCCCUCGACUGUCUUCCACUAACUUCGACGGCGCAAGCGAUCUUGCUUCACCCAUUCCCUCACACUUGACACUAGACUCGCCUUCUCUGCAGUCACUGUCAUCGAAUUCAUCGCAGGGUACAGCAGGCCCGCGUGGGCCAGCACCAACAUCUGCGCCUCGAACUGAUGGGGACUCGCUGCGCCCAUCGCCUCCAUCAGGUGACUCCACAUCAAAGCUGUCGCGGACACAAAGUCUACGAUCGCUCAAGGAUAAGGCCUCGGAGAAGGCGCAAUCGAUGGUGGACGCCAACCCUCUCAAGCGCAAGUCUAGGCGCACAGUCAACCGCUGGUGGCGCAUCAGCGAUGAUAAGAUCAAGGAGAGUAAGACGAGCGAAGUGCUCGGCAUGCAGAAGGAGGUCUAUCUACUGUUUUACGAGCUCGACCGAUAGUAUGGCAGCUUUAUCAAGCGUUUCUUAUUACAAGUAUAUAAGCGGUGGCUACCUGGCUCUGUACUGCACUUUAGUCCAUCUAGACUUUAGACUAGACACCUCUCGUUUUCGUUGAGCUUACGUCGAGGAAGCUGCGAAGCUGAUAGACGUUCGAUCAAGGAUGAUUUAAGGGAAAGCGCUAUUAAUCAUCAAUGAUCUCAUUGGUCGAAUACUAUACGGAUACAACCUCCACAUGUACACCUCGAGCCUUGUGAGCGAUCGCCAUAGGCGAGCAUCAAUUGAUCGUUGCAACC